AUGACUAAACUCUUCAUCACCGGCGCCACAGGCUACAUUGGUGGAGACGCCCUGUACGCCAUCCCCAACACCUACCCAGACCUCGACAUUACCGCUCUUGUUCGCACCUCCGACAAGGGUGCCAAAAUAGCAUCUCAAUAUGCGAAAGUCAAGCUCGUCUACGGUGACCUGGACAACGCAGAGCUACUCACAACUGAAGCCGCCAAAGCUGACAUCGUUGUGCACACAGCCAAUGCCGAUCAUCAGGGCGCCGCAACCGCCAUCGUAGCCGGACUCGCCCAGAAGAAAACUCCAGGAUAUCUAAUCCACGUCUCCGGCACCGGAAUCUUAGCCACCGCGGAUGUAGAGCGCCAGACGUUUGGCGAGCAGACUGCUCACGUGUACGAUGACUGGGAUGGCAUCAAGGAAGUCACGUCUCUGCCAGAUAGUUUCGAUCACCGCGACGUUGACAAGAUCGUUCUUGCUGCUGCGGAAAGAAACUCUGGAAACGUCUUCACGGCCAUCGUCUGUCCGCCCUGUAUCUACGGCCCCGGUCGUGGCCCAGACAACCAGCGCAGCAUACAGGCCAACAAGCUCGCAAACGCUACGCUUAACCGCGGGAAAGGUUUCCAAAUCAACGCUGGUCAGAAUAUCUGGCACGAGGUCCAUGUGCAGGACCUUUCCAACGUAUUCGUUGGUCUCGUGACCGCAGCCCUACAACCGGGCGGUGGUAAAGCAACGUGGAAUGAGGAGGGCUACUACUUUGCGGAAAACGGUAGCUUCCAGUGGGGCGACAUAUCCCAUCAGAUUGCGAAGAUCGCGAAGGACAAGAAGCUCAUCGAGACUGCGGACGUUGACAUCCUACCUGUCGAGGAGGCAAACAAGUUAGUGAGGGGAGCCCGCUUCUUGUUUGGUACAAACUCGCGGGCCAAAGCUGUGAGAGCGAGGGAACUGCUAGGUUGGACGCCUAGACAGAAGAGUCUCAAAGAUCUGCUGCCCGAUGUUAUCGAGAACGAGGCGAAGGAUUUAGGGCUGAUCAAGGGACACGCGGAGAAAGUGGCCGCUUGA